AUGGGAGACACGCAGCACCAUGAGCCGCAGAUGUCGAACAAUAAGUCUCAACACCGGGCAAUUGCGGAGGGGAAACUGGUCGAAACAGUGAACGCCCUUUCAGGGGCCGACUUUUUCGCGAAGUAUGCACCACAGGAAUCGUUGACCGAAUUGGGAAUCUCUUGCCUCGGUGUGGAGUUGUCAAGACUUCCGGUGGACUCUGCAAAUUUGCCCAGUCAAUGGUUGGAUGCAUGCCUAAAGCUGAUCGAGGAGACCAGUGCUCGGGACUACCAAAACUCGGAAAAGAAGUGGUCAAACUCCAAGAAGAGGAGGGAGAUGAAGUCGCCAGACAUGAAAUACAUCAUUCUAUUUCAUGGUACCUCGCAGCUUGCCGGCUUCAUCUCUUUUAUGAUCACCUACGAGGACGGUUACGAAGUCCUCUACAUCUACGAAAUUCAUUUUACCCCUCAAUGGCAGGGCAAGGGACUGGGCAAAAAAUUGAUGAAUAUCGUCGAAGUCAUUGGCCAGAACGUCGGCAUCACGAAAAUCAUAUGA